GGACAACGUACUCGGACCGCGAGGCCUUGGCGAGCUCCCCGGGCCAAGGGUGACAGGAAAGGCCACCUUGGUGAGGAGGGGAGAGGAAGACCCAAGCCUCAAGCACCAGAGGCCUCAGGUGGCUCCUGUCUGGGGUUGGGCAGGGGUCGUCCGUGGGCUCCGUGAGGCCCGGUCGGAGCAUUGGGCCCUCUUGGGAGUGGACCGGCCGAGGCAGCGGAGCGGGUUCGGGACCCAGGGCUCCCGCUCCCUCCUCCCGCCCAACCAGCCUCGGGCGCCGCCCCCGGAGCCAGCGCCACCGCCGGGGGCCCGGAGCCGGCCGCCGCGGCCCGCGGAGGGAGCUGCCGCCGUUGUUGCCGCUGCUGUUGCUGGAGCAGCCGCCGCCGCCGCCAGGCCGCGCCCCGCCCCUCCAGCCGCCGCCGCCGCCGCCGCUCCCCGCCAGGCUCGCGCUCGAGCUGCGGCGCCGGCUCCAGCCGACUGGGCCCCGGGCCCGUCCCCUCCCGCGCCGCCCGGGCGAUGAGAAGCUGCUUCUGCGUGAGACGGAGCCGGGACCCGCCGCCGCCACUGCCGCCGCCGCAGCCGCCCCAGCGGGGAACAGACCAGCCCACCAUGCCUGAAGUGAAAGACCUUUCAGAAGCCUUGCCAGAGACUUCCCUGGACCCCCUCACAGGGGUCGGGGUGGUAGCCUCACGGAACCGCGCCCCCACAGGCUACGACGUGGUCGCACAGACAGCAGAUGGUGUGGACGCUGACCUCUGGAAAGAUGGCCUGUUUAAAUCCAAGGUCACCAGGUACCUGUGCUUCACCAGAUCGUUUUCCAAAGAAAAUAGCCAUUUGGGGAACGUGUUAGUGGAUAUGAAGCUGAUUGACAUCAAGGACACGCUGCCUGUGGGCUUCAUCCCAAUUCAGGAGACAGUGGACACACAGGAAGUGGCGUUCCGAAAGAAGAGGCUGUGCAUCAAGUUUAUCCCCCGGGACUCAACAGAAGCCGCCAUCUGUGACAUUCGCAUCAUGGGCCGGACCAAGCAGGCCCCUCCUCAGUACACGUUCAUCGGGGAACUGAACAGCAUGGGGAUUUGGUAUCGGAUGGGCAGAGUACCAAGAAACCACGACUCGUCUCAAACCACCACGCCUUCCCCGUCAUCUGCUGCUUCCACCCCAGCCCCCAACUUGCCCAGGCACAUCUCCCUAACGCUGCCUGCCACCUUCCGCGGCAGGAACAGCACCCGGACGGACUAUGAGUACCAGCACUCCAAUUUGUAUGCCAUAUCAGCAAUGGAUGGUGUGCCUUUCAUGAUAUCUGAGAAGUUUUCUUGUGUUCCAGAAAGUAUGCAGCCCUUUGACCUCCUGGGAAUCACCAUCAAGUCUUUGGCAGAAAUUGAGAAAGAGUACGAGUACAGCUUCCGCACGGAGCAGAGCGCCGCUGCCAGGCUCCCGCCCAGCCCCACCCGGUGCCAGCAGGUGCCGCAGUCCUGAGCCACACCGGGAGAAGAUACGCCUCCAGAGACACUACUGACCCCGUCCCUCCUACCCCGCCUGGGGGGCUGGAGACCCUGGGCAGUCACGAGGUCACCUCCUGGCCUCAACUUGCCUGCUGUGACACCUGGCCUCCCGGGGCCUCACUCACAACCGCAACUAACCUGUGUGCUGUAGCGACCUGCGCUGCUGACCGUAUGGGCGACCACCAGCUCCUUGAAGAAGCCUUUCCCGCUCGGGCACAUAACAGCUCCGGGCAGGUGCUCCGGCCGCCCAGCGAUGCCAGCCAGCCGGCUCCUCCUCCCCUGACUGUCGCCUGCCAUGGGGUUCCCUUCAGGGGCCCACCCCAGCCCCAGGGCUGCUGUACAAGUCCCUCCUGCCAGGCCAGAUGCCUCGGCGUUUCGGCCUGGCCCUCCUGUGGGUGUGUCCUGCACCGCAUGCCUAGAUUCCCAGGGGGAGGGGGCAGGAGAGGCUGAGGCCUGGGGCCUGCUCAUCCAAGGGCUUGUAUGGGGGAUCGCCCAUGUGCCAAGAGCAGCCCUCACUGCCCACCCAGUGCCCCAUAGGACCACACCCCAGGGAACACAGGCACCUGACCUUCAUUCCACCCAGAGCCAGGCUGUGUGCCCUGAAGAUCCAGACCACCGGUUCUUCUCUGCUCGUCGGAGGUGCCAAGCUCAGUCACACAUGCCCAUUUGCCACGAGGGCCAAAGGUCGAGGGCCUUGCCCAUGGGUUGCCUGCAGGCAGCUGGCACUCAGGGGUUCCCAGGUGGCUUGGUGACCAUAGUGGGGGCAGUCCAUGCAUAUCACCUCUGGAGACCACCAUGGGUGACCGAGGCAACCACGGGACAGGAGGAAGAACUGGCCCAGAAGAACACCUCACCCACUGUGCCAGCUGC